CAUUUACUCUUCCUCAGUUGCCACUUGAACCAAUUCUAUCAAACCAUUUUCAAUAUUAAACUCUUCUUUCGGUUCGAUUUAAAACAAUGGGUAGCUAUUGCCCAUUGCUUCCUUCAGUCACUAUAUAUACAUCCCCACUUUAGAUCUCACUUCUUCUCAAACCACUCUUCCACUCUACUUAUACUUUCUUCAAUUUGCAGCUAAGCUAAAAUGAGGCUCUUCUUUGCUACUCUGCUUCUUUGCGCACUCCUCCUAAGCUCAUCUUUCUUGGAACCUGUCAUAGCCAAGUCCUCUUACUGUGAGAACAAAUGCAAGGAAAGGUGUGCGAAAGCGGGAGUGAAAGAGAGGUGCAUAAAGUACUGUGGAAUAUGCUGUGCAGAGUGCAAGUGUGUGCCUUCUGGAACGUAUGGGAACAAGCAUCAGUGCCCUUGCUAUAGGGACAAGAAGAACUCUAAGGGCAAGCCCAAAUGCCCCUAAAAUCCUUCAUCUUUUAGAUUUAGCUUGCGUUUUAAUUUCGUCUUAUUGGAUUAGAUAAUAUCAUAUAAUGAGAUAAGCCAUUAAUUAAAUAAUGGGUGUGUGAUCUUGUUGGGUGGGGGUGUUUGAUCAUGUGUUUGUGAUCAGUGGAUUUGUAUUUGCUUCAAAUAAAUUUUACGUGUUUGAUUUA